UGAUAACACACCGCUCCAUGUGAUGGCAGCUGCGGCUGCUGCAACGGCCGCCGCCACAACGCGAACACGUGGCAGUCGAUCGCAAACGGUAGCCACCAGCGGCGGUACCGCUACGACAAACCGUGGAAUGCGUGGCACACCGAAGAAAACCCAAUCCUCAGAAUCGCAGGCAAUCGUGGCUCCGGGUAGCGCUAGUCGGGCACGCCGGAAAGAACGCUAUACAUCGGAUGAAGAGUAUGAGCUGCCUGGACCAUCGAGUGGCCGUUCGACACGCAAACUGAAGCGCCUCCGGUACAACGAGCAAUCGGAGGAGGAAGAAGGGGCCAACGAUGCGGAUCAGGCACAGCAUCAUCGUCGUCACCAUCGUCUCAGCGGCAGUAACAGCAGUGCCAACCAUCGAAGUAUGCGACGAGGCGGUAAUCCAGGAACCAUGCGCCGUCGCCAGCAGCAACGUCACCAUCGAGACGACGACGACGAUGACGACGAUGAUGCGGAGAAUGAUGACAUUCAGCGCGCGUUGGAAAACAUUCGGCAACGUUCGCGCCGUCAGCCAGUACCGGCGGCAGGGGCCGAGACAACCAAUUCGUCUGCAGCACAGCAACACUCCUACGGUAGUACCACCCUCCAUAGUCCUAGUAUUAGUGUUGUUGUCGACCAGCGACCAGCCACACAGCGGCCACAGCGACAACAGCCACCACCACCAUCAUCACUACAACCACAACAAUCUCUUCAACAACAACAUCAUCAACAUCAUCAAUCACGGUAUCAUCCUCCUUCUCGCCAUCAGUCGUUCGGCAACAGCAGCAAUCCAGUGCACGAUACCGACGCAGCUGAUCGAUCGACGAACGGUGACGACGAUGACGACAAUGGCGGCGGCGGCGGCGGCGGUGACGGCGGAAGCGGUGGUCUUCAGCGGAGACAACGGCAUCGACACCCGAUGGUCUACGAUGAUACCUUUGGCAGCAAUCCGGCGGUCGAUAGCGCUGGUAACAGCAGCAGCAGCAGCAACAACAGGCAUCUCAAUAACCGUUUCUCAGCUUUUCAAUCGGCUCACAGCGUAUUGCAAAGGCAACCUUCUGAACAUAAUAGACACCAUGUUAGGGAAACUUCAGCCAGGGCAUUAAGAGCUAGAGAGCGCGAUCAGCAGCAGCAAGGCAGAGCUCAUCGCCAGCGGAAUGGUAAUGCAGGUGCCGUGAGUGACGAUGACGACGACGACGAAGAGGAGGUUGAGGAUGAGGAUGAUGCCGCUCAGCUGACCAGCGUUAGUAGCCGUGGCCGCGUGCGACGCAUCAAUCCGCGAGUGAGAAGAAUCUUCGGCGAAUAACCGGAAGCCUUGCUGCUGCAUUCCGAGCAGCCAGACUCGCCGGCAGUGGAGGUAGUCGUUUCUUCGUUCACGGACAGCUCACUGUCGUCGUCUCCGUUGUCGACGGCUGAAGGUUGCAAGUUCACUAGCAGCAGCAGCAGCAGCAGCGGCGGCGGCGGCGGCAGCGGCAGCGGCGAUUUGGUUGACCAGGAGGACGUUGAGUUGCUGGCCGAUGAUGACGUUGCUUACGAUGUGAUCAUCGGUGAAAGCGAUGAUUCAUCGGUGGUCGACGAACUGCACCUGCUGCUGCAUUCUUAGGACUUUUCGGAGUCCCUGCCUCUCUUUCUCUUUGUCUCUCUCUCUCUUUUAUUGUCAAUCUUUCUCUCUCAUACACUCACGCUUUUAGGAAAAAGGGGGAAAACAAAUGAUAAAUAUAACCCAAGACUGAUUAGUGGAGAUAGGUAAUAUAGGGAGGAGAGUAAGCUCACUCUGGUACUGUCAGUGGCUUUCUCCCCUUCCAGACAUCGUCUCACUUGCGCCAUCGAAGACCGUUGGCGCCUGGUUCCACGUUUUUCAUUCUAACGAUUCCCACGAAUAACCGAGAAGCAGUUAAAAAUUAGCAGGGAGAGGGAGGGAGGGAGGGAGGGAGGGAGAGAGAGAGAGAGAGAGAGAGAGAGAGAGAGAGAGAGAGAGAGAGAGAGAGAGAGAGAGAGAGAUUUGGAAUUGUAUUAUGUGCGUUUUGAGUGUUCAGUGUGUCCCAAACAGUGGCACACCCCACGGGGGGUGUUGCGGAUUCUUCGCAUCGCCUACCUUGUAUAAUGAUACUGUAAGGAGAACCCAUCGGUGUACGAAUUAGGCGGAGGUUUGAAGCGCGUGUGAAGGAUGCGUAACCGUCUUUUUUAAGAGCCUCUCGUCUGUCUUAUAAUUGUAAGCCAACCUCUACUACCUACCCAGAUAAUGGCAUUAGUUACAGAAAGCUAGGGAGAUCGAGUGCGAGAGUUAGUGGAGCGAACGAACAUUAAUUCCUUAAAAUUCGGGCUGUUAAGAUGUAUGUUACUGUAAAAUUGAUAUGUAAAAGAGCAGUCAAAGGCAGGAGGAGAUGGAAGCGCAGGAGAUGUGCUUAUAAAUGAAUUAUCGUUAUCGUAAGAAAGCGA